GCUUUCCCACAUAGAUCAAUCCUUCGUGUUCCGUUGUUUCAUGAGAGUGUGAAAAGUUUAGAACCACUGAAGACAGAGAGAGAGAGAGAGAGAGAGAGAGAAGAAGAAGAAGAUGGGCAACAUAAUUUGCAGAGGAAAAAACCUGGGCAAGAAAGUUCUGGGAGGAAAACAAUUGGGCAACAAAAUGGGUAGCCUCAUGACCAAACAUAGUAAACAUAUGAAAGAAAAGAAGCAGGUUGGUGAUAUUGAUCCAAAUUUUGUAUGUCACUUCUGCCAUGAGCAAGUUCAUCUAGAACACUCAUUCAACAUCAAGGGUUGCGCCCAUUUUUACUGUCAAGAGUGCAUUGUUAAAUUCAUAGUGUCCAAUCUCCAAAACAAUGUGACAUGCAUUAUGUGCCCUAUACCAGGCUGCAGUGGCCUGCUAGACCCUGAGUACUGUCGUCCAAUCCUCCCGAACGAAGUCUUUGAUCUGUGGGGCACUGCCUUGUGUGAAUCUCUUUUGGACACAGAGCACGCUGUUGAUUCAACUUUCACAUGUGAUUUCUGUGUUGAGCAAAUUGAGCUAACAGACUCAUUUAACAUCAAGGGUUGCGCCCAUUUUUACUGUCAAGAGUGCAUUGUUAGAUUCAUAGUGUCCAAGCUCCAAGAUAAUGUCACAUCUGUUACGUGCCCGGAUCAAGGAUGCCCCGGGGUGUUAGACCUUGAGUACUGCCGUCCAAUUCUCCCAUACGACGUCUUUCACCGCUGGGGCAAGGCCUUGUGUGAAUCUGUGGUUAUGGGGCCUCAGAAGAAGUACUUAUUCUGUCCCUUCAACGCAUGCUCCACGCUGUUGAUUGAUGAGGAACCAGAGGAUACCAAACAAGCUCAGUGUCCUCAUUGCAAGGGAGUGUUUUGUGCCAAGUGUAAGGUUCCUUGGCAUACGGAAUUCAAUUGUGACAUGUUCCAGAAACUGAGAGAUAAGGGUGAAGAUCAGCAGCUGGAAGAGCUUGCCAAGAAUAAGAACUGGAGGAGGUGUCCAAGUUGCAAGUACUAUGUUGAAAGACGCGAUGGGUGCAGCUACAUAAAAUGCAGGUGUGGAUAUGCUUUCUGUUACAAUUGUGGAGUUCGAGCUUCCUUAACUUCUCAUACCCGUCACUGUCCAAGCUGUCACAAAUAAGCCUUUAUUUUUGCUCACGAGAAGAUCUUGCUGCAACGCUACAGGUUGAUGCAGGUGGUUGGAUUACACAAAAGGAUAAUACUGGAAAUUAAAUGAAGUUUAAGAGUGGACAAGAUGUGCCAUAU